CCCAUCAACCCACAUAUCUUAAUUUUCCACAUUACUUAAACAGCAACCGAAAUGGAACAUCCCAUUAUAGGCAGCGGCGCACUCCUGCUGGCCGUCGUAGUCCUCUCCGCCGCCGCCGGCUGCUCCCUCGCCCAAAACUCCCCUCAAGACUACGUAGCCGCCCACAAUGCCGCCCGGAAGGCGGUAGGCGUGGUGCCGCUAGAGUGGAACCAGACGGUGGCUGCUUACGCUCAGAAUUACGCGAACCAGAGGGGCGGCGACUGCGAUCUGGACCACUCGAGGGGGCCUUACGGCGAGAACUUGGCCCAAGGCUGGGGGGCUUUUAGCGGGAAAGAAGCGGUAGAUCUAUGGCUGUCGGAAAAGAUUAACUACAACCACAACACCAACUCCUGCGAGGGAGGAGAGUGCCUGCACUACACUCAGGUCGUUUGGGACGACUCCGUCGAACUGGGGUGCGCUAGAGUUACGUGCACCAACGGAAAGGUCUUUGUCAUUUGCAACUAUUAUCCUCCGGGGAACUACGUCGGAGAAAGUCCCUAUUAAUUAAUUGGUCAAGCUGCUUAUGAGAAAAUCAUAUGGUGUGUUCGAACCACAAUGUCAGCGACAUAAGUGCUAGUAUCAAUCUACUCUUCUAUUCUGAUAUCAUUAUAUACAAAAGAUAUAUGAAAUAAAGAGGCUUUUAUGUGUUUAAAAUGGAAUAUGAGUGGUUCAAAUCAUCACUCAUGUCCAUAAUACGGGAGUUCAAAAUUACCCAGAUAUUAUUCAGGAGAAAGUGUGUUUGUCUUUGCCUGUGUGUGUGUUUGUUUUGGUUUUUAAUCCUUAUACAGGCAUAUAGAGAGAAAAGAAAAUAUGGGUUGAAUACCUUUUU